GCGGUUUCUCCGCCUUUACUUGUAAACACGGACGCCUGAGUGCACUUGAGCGUCGUCCUCCGCUCUCCUUUUUAAUUAGUCCCAGUCUACUCCUGCAGUUGGUUCGGUACAGUGCAUGUCCACAUAUCUGCAGCGUGUCGAAGCCCUGCAGAAAGGGAAAGCGCCUUGGGUCCUGCGGAAAAGGGGGGCUCAUUUACGAGCUGAGGGGAUGACAGCAAAUCUAUGACUGAGCUGAAACAAUACACACUCUAGCGUGCGUCGUUACGACCAAAUACUCGCACAGAGUUUCGCUGAUUGCACCAGCAGAGCGGUUUCAUUGGCUGCAGUGCUUGGCUCACAGCAGCUGUUUCGGAGGCGUGUUUGAAGCGCUUCUUCGCAACGAUACGCGGAGCAUCGAACGAAGCAGUUUAAGUGUGCAUUUAGAUAUCACGUUUUCCGAGGACGCAUCUCGACGGGAGCCACGGUUUUCGUAACGGACAUCACAUUCUUGUUGAAAUACUAAUACCCUGCAUCUUCAAUACUUUGCUUAUAUUUUUCCUGUAACAUCUUGCUCUCCGAGCAAGCCAAUUACCAUGCCUCUGUCUGGAAUGCCACCUCUCUGCACUCACCAACUUCUACUGUAGACCAAACAGCCCGAGGGAUUUCUGUGAGCCCCUCAAAAGCGCACUCUGUUCUUGUGUGUGGCUUGGUGGGCAGCUUUUCAACGCCAUUCAAACGACAAGUGUUCUUUCUCAGUUCUGGGAGGUGUUUCGAAGGAACGUCAUUCAGAGAUUGCCGCUGCGAUGGUUUUGAGAUGAUACGAGUGUUGGAGCUCCAGUGAUACCGACUGCCUCUGCUCUCCUCCUCGGGACUCUCACCUCCGCAGCUGCUCUCCACUGAAGCAUCUUCUGUCUGAAGAAACCGGCAUGGUGGCAGCCAUGAGACGCAGCCUCCUCACUGUCCUCAUCCUCCUGCCCCUGGUGGCAGCCGUGCAAUCAGAACAUUCGGACUGCGUCAUCAAGAGGGAGCAGGAGAGGUGCAUGGAGAAAAUGAUGCAGGAGGCCUAUGAUCCCGAAUUUGACGGGUGUCCGUGGAUGUGGGACAACCUAACUUGCUGGCAGCCAGCGGCGGUGGGUGAUGUUGUGGUCGUGAACUGUCCCGAGCUCUUCAAGGUCAUGAGCCAGGAGGAAGAAGAGCUGGGGAAGGUCAGCCGUAACUGCACAGAGGACGGCUGGUCAGAGACCUUCCCCCACUACGUGGACGCCUGUCUGUUCGAUGGCAACGGCACCAAGCCUGACAUGUACUACGUGUCUGUCAAGGCCCUUUACACAGUGGGCUACAGCACCUCCCUGGUCUCCCUGACUACCGCCAUGGUGAUCCUCUGCAGAUUCAGGAAACUCCACUGCACCAGAAACUUCAUCCAUAUGAACCUGUUUGUGUCGUUCAUCUUGCGAGCGAUAUCUGUCUUUAUCAAAGAUGGGGUGCUCUACGCGGAGGAGGACAGCAAUCACUGCUUCCUGCACACUGUGGAGUGCAAGGCCGUGAUGGUGUUCUUCCACUACUGCGUCAUGUCCAACUACUUCUGGCUGUUCAUCGAGGGCCUCUACCUGUUCACCCUGCUGGUGGAGACCUUCUUCCCGGAGAGGCGGUACUUCUACUGGUACACCAUCAUUGGAUGGGGGACUCCCACAGUCUGUGUGACCUGCUGGGCCGUCCUCAGAUUGCACUUUGAUGACAUCGGCUGCUGGGACAUGAACGACAACUCCACCAUCUGGUGGGUGAUCAAAGGGCCUGUGGUGGCGUCCAUCAUGAUAAACUUUGUCCUUUUCAUCGGCAUCAUAAUCAUCCUUGUUCAGAAGCUGCAGUCCCCAGAUAUCGGAGGCAACGAGUCCAGCAUUUACCUGAGGCUGGCCCGCUCCACUCUUCUCCUCAUCCCCCUGUUCGGCAUCCACUACACUGUGUUCGCCUUCUCCCCCGAGGACGUGAGCCAGAGGGAGAGACUGGUGUUCGAGCUGGGCCUGGGCUCUUUCCAGGGGUUCGUGGUGGCGGUUCUGUACUGCUUCCUGAAUGGAGAGUUUCUCCCUAAAGGUGCAGUCGGAGAUAAAGAGGAAAUGGAGGAGCUGGACCGUCAACCGGUACUUUGCUGUGGACCUGAAGCACCGGCACCCUUCGCUGGCCAGCAGUGGGGUGAACGGGGGGACCCAGCUGUCCAUACUGAGCAAGAGCAGCUCCCAGAUCCGAAUGUCCAGCCUGCAGGCCGAGACUCCGGCCACCUGAGCUAAGGAGCCCUGCUGGGCCCCGCCGCCCAGGCACUGACCACUCCCCUCACCCCCACACAUAUACCUCAUACAUGUACACACUCAUACAUACACACACAUACAUA